AUGUCUGUCAUCGGGCGGUUUAGGAUGUGGGUGUUGGCAGGGCAAAGCAAGCCCUCGCCGUCUGUAGGGCAAACGCUAGGUCCAUUGGGCAUCAACAUGAUGGUGCAAUUUAACAAAGAGCUCAAUGCUCGGAUAUCUACGGUGAGACCCAAGGUGCCGGUCCAAGUCACCCUGGUUCCUAAAACGGAUAAGACGUACGCGUUCUGGUUGAGGACACCUCCAGCGAAUUGGUUCAUAAGGCGGGUUGCCAGAUUGCCUCUAUGUGGGGGGAAGGGCCAUAGGAAUAUAGUUGGCACUAUAACGCUCAAGGAGGUUUACCAUAUAGCGAGGGCUAAGAGCAUGGAUCCAACAAACGUAGGGAAGCCGUUGAGGUCGAUAGUCAUAAGCGUUAUUGCUGGAGGAGCUGACGUAGGCACAGCUCACGCCAUGGGCAUCCAAGUGCUCUAUAAGCUGCCCGUACAGCAUCAACAUAGAGACGAUCAGCCUAUCUCUGAUCUGGAUAGGCUCAAGAAGGAGACCAGGGCUCGGUCCAAGCUGAUGAAGCGAGGUUCCUAA